UUUAAUUUAUUUACCCUUUCUUUCCUAAUUCUUAGCUUAAAUAAUUGAUUCAAGACUCUUCUUUUCUAGCACAUGUGUCAUUGGAUGCAUUUCUCUGUAAUACCUGCUGUAGCUGCGUCUCAUACAUUUUGAUUCAUUGUGUCUUCAUUUUGAUUCCAUUCAAAAUAUGCUGUAGUUUCUUUUGUGACGUUGACCCAUUGGUGGCUUGGGAGAUGUUGGUUAACUUCCAAAUGUUUGGAGAUGGUCCAGGUCUCUGCCUUUCCCUAGGAAAAGGAGGAGAAAAUGAUCAAGUUCCAGGCGCCAGUGAUGUUCAAGGACGUGGCUGUGGUCUUCACUGAGGAGGAGCUCCGGCUGCUGGAUGCCCCCCAGAGGCAGCUGUACCGAGACGUGAUGCUGGAGAACUUCCGGAACCUGCUGUCAGUGGGGAAUCAGCCCUUCAAACCAGAGCUUAUAUUCCAGUUGGAGAGAGAAGAAAAGCUUUUAAUGCUGGAGACAGAAGCCCAGAGAGAUGAGUGUUCAGGAACCAAGAGUCAAUAUAAUGUGGAGAAUACCCAAGAAGUGGGAUUAAACUAUCUUUUCCCCAAAGAGCUUUCUUCCUGGCAGACCUGGCAACAAGGGGCAGGCGGUUUCACAAGGUGUCCAGAUUCCAUGAAAAGUCACCAAGGGACUAUUUCUCGGUUGCAAAAGCAAGGUGGUUCCACCUGCCAGGUUUGGGCAGGAAUACCAAUUCAGAUUUCUGAAGAUGAGCGCUAUAUAUUGACUCAUAUAGGAGAUGGGUCCAAUUCCCUGAACAAUCAAGAAUAUCCGUCUUGGAGAGCCCAGCAUUCUUGGAGGAAAACUUAUCUGACCAAAUUACAUAAUUACCAGUGUAGAUGUCAGCAAAUUUCCAUGAAAAAUAAUUUCUCUAAGUGUGACAGCUUUAGUUGGAUCUCACAUCACAAUGAUAAUCUGGGAGUACACAGAGGAGAAAAAAUCUCCAGCUGCCAUGACUGUGGAGAAGACAUUGUGAUGGUUGCACUGCAUAAUCAAAACUUAAUUCAAAUGGGGCAAAAGCCCUACCCCUAUACUAAGUACAGAAAAACCUUAAGUGAUGACUCUAGCUCUGAAGUUCAUCAGCAGUUACACUUAGCAGGAAAGCCCCAUGCAUACAGUCCAUGUGGAAAGGGCUGCAGUUAUACUUCAGUUCUCCAUAUUAAUCAAAGUGUUCAUCAUAGGGGAGAUGAUUGUGCUUUUGAACGUUCACAUGUGCAGUCCCAUCAGAAAGUGCAUACUGAGAAGAAGCCAUGUGAGUGGAGAUACGGUGAGAACUUUAGUCACUACUCUUCUCUUAAUACUUACGAACUUACUCAUGCAGAAGGGAUGUCCUAUAAAAACAGCAUUUAUGAGAAAGCGUUCGGUCAUAGCUUAGACCUUAAUGGUAUUUUUAGGGUCCAUACUGGGGAGGAACCCCAUGAAUAUGAGGAGAAUGUGAAUGUCUUUAAUCAGAGGUCUUAUCUUGAAGUCCAUCAGAAAAUCCACACUGAAGAAAAACUAUACACAGAUGUGGAGUGUGAGAAGGGUUUCAUCUGUUGCUCAAAUCUUAACAUUCGGCAUGGGGUUCACAUGGAAGAGAUUCCCUGUAAUUCUGAAGAAUGUGGUAAUGGCUUUAGUCUGGCCUCACAUAUUCAGGACCCUCAGAUAGUCUAUACUAGGGAACAACCAUAUAAACACUAUGCAUGUGGUAGCAGCUUCAGCCAAAAUUCAUAUCUUCAAAGCCAUCGGAAAAUUCACAUUGGAGAGAAACCUUAUAAGGAGUGUGGGAAUGGCUUUAGUUGGAGUUCAAAACUUAAAGAUCAUCAGAGAGUCCACACUGGAGAGAAGCCAUACAAAUGCAGUGCAUGUGGUAAAGGCUUCAGUCAUAGAUCAGUUCUCAACGUUCAUCAGAGAGUCCACACAGGAGAGAAGCCUUAUAAAUGUGAAGAGUGUGAUAAGGGAUUCAGUCGGAGUUCAUACCUUCAAGCCCAUCAGAGAGUCCACACUGGAGAAAAACCAUACAAAUGUGAGGAGUGUGGGAAAGGCUUCAGUCGCAAUUCAUACCUUCAAGGCCAUCAAAGAGUUCACACUGGAGAGAAACCAUACAAGUGUGAAGAGUGUGGUAAGGGAUUCAGUCGGAGUUCACACCUUCAAGGUCAUCAGAGAGUCCACACUGGAGAAAAACCAUUCAAAUGUGAGGAGUGUGGGAAGGGCUUUAGUUGGAGCUUUAAUCUUCAAAUUCACCAAAGGGUUCACACAGGAGAGAAACCCUAUAAAUGUGGAGAAUGUAGUAAGGGCUUCAGUAAGGCCUCAACUCUUCUGGCCCAUCAACGAGUCCACACAGGAGAGAAGCCAUACCAGUGUGAUGAGUGCGGUAAGAGCUUCAGUCAGAGAUCAUACCUUCAAAGCCAUCAGAGUGUUCACACUGGAGAGAGACCAUAUAUAUGUGAGGUGUGUGGGAAGGGCUUCAGUCAGAGAGCCUACCUUCAAGGUCACCAGAGAGUCCACACUAGAGUGAAACCAUAUAAAUGUGAGAUGUGUGGGAAGGGCUUUAGUCAAGGCUCACGCCUUGAAGCACAUCGGAGGGCCCACAUAGGAGGGAAACCGUACAAAUGCGAGGUGUGCACGAAGGGCUUCAGUGAGAGUUCACGCCUUCAAGCACAUCAGAGGGUCCACACAGAAGGGAGGCCCUAUAAAUGUGAACAGUGUGGUAAGGGGUUCAGUGGGUUUUCAAGUCUUCAAGCCCAUCACAGAGUCCACACUGGGGAAAAACCAUACAAAUGUGAGGUGUGUGGGAAGGGCUUCAGUCAGAGAUCAAACCUUCAGGCUCAUCAGAGAGUCCACACAGGAGAGAAACCAUACAAAUGUGAUGCAUGUGGUAAGGGCUUCCGUUGGAGCUCCGGUCUUCUGAUUCAUCAGAGAGUCCAUAGUGGUGAUAAAUUCUAUAAAACUGAAGAGCAUGGUAAGGAUUACCCUUCAUCAGAGAAUCCAUACAGAAAUGAGCUUGUGUGAAAUGGUGUUCUAUUUUGUUUUGAAGUCCUCAAAUGGGAGCUGAAAUUUUCCAUUCACUGGAAUUCUUAUAGCAGAAAAAAAAUUUUUUAAUGAAAAUACAAUCUCUCUGCCCAACCUCAACUUUCACAAUAGGCAAGAAUCCACGCAGAGGGAAUACCUACUAAGGGAUUCCCUAAGGGAUUUUUUCAGAAGUCUUAACAGCAGUCAUUGCACAUGACUUCUUUUGGUCAUUGCACUAGGGCUUAUAAAAGAUAAGAGUAUGGUCAGGAAUUUUAACAACUGUACAGUGCAGAGCAUGUCUAAAUCCAGUCUGCUAAGGAGAAGGGGUUUCACUCUGCUAAGCCUACAAGACCAUGAUAUUGCAUAUCCCAGGCACCUGCCUCAGCACCUUUUACUAAAUGACUUAAAGUGUUUAAAGGUAUAUUUCAAAAUUUUCUUCAGCUUAUUUCCCAAAAGAAAUCAUUUAGAAAUGUAUUUGGAAGAGGAAUCCCGAAAAUAUCCUUAAUAUAAUCACUUCAGAUAGAGAAAUGUCAUUUGAAAUAUAGAAAGAACAUCAAGCAAAAUUUCAGUCUGAAAUUACAUGAAUUUGGUUUUAACCCUGUUGGGAUUUGCUCCCAUCUUUUCUCCCACCUUACGCAGAGAUGAGCUGAAUUUCUUACCAUUUGGUCUCCUUCAUAUAAUAUACCAUCAGUUGAAGUUUAGCUUUGUGUGUGUGUACGUGUAUGUGCACUUUAAAUGGCACAAACUGAUGAAUAAUGUUACUGGUUAACUUUCUAAAAAUGGAAACACUGCAUUUUACAUAAUUGAAUUUUUAUUCCUGCCUUGUGUGUCUAAGACAGAGUUUUACUAUAAUAUUUGGGAAGUGUCAGAAAUGGUUACCAAUAUAAAAUGCUUUCUUAAUAAAUGUCAAAACUACAA